CUAUCUUGCAGCGGCUUCUGCGUCUCAGGAGAUAGCAGGAAUAGGGAAGCAGCAUCAACAGAUCUUAGUUGAUGGCAGUGGUGGUUGUAAUGGAUCAUCUCAGGACUCAUGUGGUGGUAUUGGCACUGGUGGUGUAGUGUGCACACCCUCAGCACCAGUUGCGCCUCCACCAAUUGCGCCGCCACUGACCCCACCGAGGCCACUUGAUCAACCAGUUGUCCAGCGCUCUUCGCCACCGGUGACACCUGGCGAAGCCGCCUGUUCAUCUCAAAGGGCCUUUGCUAAGACCAAGACCCCUCGCCGGAGUUAUAAACUUAAGGCUUUGAUGAUGAGAAUUUCACAGGAUAUCAAUGCUUACCACUAGCUUACUUCAUCAGCAGCAAGGAAAUUUUACUUAGCGCUAGUAUCUUCGAUUGAUGUCACAAGAACCGUCACAGUCACUGUCACGUGCGUGGAGUCCUGGAAUAUUUUUGGAGCACAUGGAAUCUUCAUCCAGGAUGUACUACAUGGGGCAUGAUGAUGAUGAUGAUGAGGAUCUUCAUCCUGAAAGUAAAAUAAGAGAGUCAGCAUCAUCUAAGAAACCAAGGAGUCGCGUUGCGAUGUCCACGCCGGUCCGAAAGUCGUUGAAAGCGAGUGGCAAGGCUAUUCUGCAAGAAAUCAAACUCGGAAACAUGCGCUCUGAGGCUAUUGAUUCAGCUAAAAUGAGGCUUGUGAACCGAAAUAGGCCGAUUGCAACACCCGUAGGAGAGUCUUUCACGAGGUCGUCUUUCUCAGUCGCUAUUGAUCUUGGAGCUAGUCCUAAGAUGACUAGGGGAGACGGCUCAUCAACGAGUGCAGGUUUAUCAACAAACGCAGGCUCAUCAACAAACGCAGGCUCAUCAACGAAUGCAGGCUCAUCAACAAACGCAGGCUCAUCAACGAAUGCAGGCUCAUCAACGAAUGCAGUUUCAUCAACGAAUGCGGCGUCUUCAUUCUCAAGACUGGCAGGCUCCUCCCCCUCUGUGGCUCCAAGUUUUCUCAUACCAAGUGACAAGCACUAUGGGCAAACUUCCGACAUGGACGUGGACAUGGCUGACAUGGACGUGGACAAAAUAGAGGAAGCCGAAGACGGAUAUGACGGAAGAGCCGGAAGAGCCAAGCUCCUAGAUUAAGGCUACCUAGUACUCUUAAGCAUGUCAAACCAACUGCCUCUUGUUUUAAUCAAUGGUUUUUAGUGCAGGGUUUAGUUUACUCUACGGCCUACAAUCUAGUCCUCUCAUCAUCAUCAUUAUGAUAGAUCCUUGGCUCUUCUUUUUCUACUUGAAAAAGAAGGUAGGGAUGGUCUCGGGAAAGAGUCCCUCCUGGCUCUUUUGUUGUUACUUGAAAAAUAUGGAGCUGCCAAAGAUAUGUCUCUCAGGGAAGACGCGAUAUGUCUCUCAGGGAAGAUGCGUAGGCGCUAGCUCUAACUAAAGGAGAUGGAUGACGACUCUGACGAAGACUCUGAUGAACCCUCUGAACUUUUUGGAUUUCCUGAUGCCUGUCGCGGAGAACCAGGGGUGGAUGAAGAUUAUGAUAUUCGCAUAUGGAUCAUUUCGCGUGUGGAAAGUCCAAGUUGUAAAUAUAAGUAGAAGUUGUAAUAUGAAUUCUGGUCAGCUUUUUUCCAUCAUUCGCGGCAUCGUGGUCCCCUUUUCCCUUGUAUUCUCGUGAAAUACAAGGUAAAAGAGGUCAAGAUGAGAGGACCGAGACGCAUUCUAGCACGCGCUAAAUGAAAUAUGUGGUCGAAGUCCCGCUGAGAACUUGUUCCAGAUACUAUGUACUCUUACAGUCUAAAUGAACUUUCUGCAAGUAAUUACUAUGCUGUAUUGUACUCUAAGUCCGAUAGUCUUACUUCUGAGAACUCCUUGCAAAUACUUGCUAUGCUAAGUAAAUGCACUCUAAGAGGACACGCAUAGUGAGCCUUUUCAAGGUGCCUUCCGUAACGUGGCUCCUGGCAAUCUGGCUGUGCCAGUUGGUGCGAGACCGGUUGGUUCGAAGCCAGACAUUUUUGCGGCAUUUUCUCGGUCUGUGUCGUCUGCCUCGGCUGAUGCUGAUGCUACGUACGAAGACACAUGUGAUUGGACGAUGAUUGGGGAGCAAGGGGAGGUGGUUGACACCCAGGAAGGAGGUGAGGUUGCUGACAAGCACACACUACGGGCAGACGCAGAACAAGGUGACGAGAGAAGUGGUCUAGGACACAGACACAAUCUCCACGAGAAGAAAGAUGCACGACACAAAAAUCUUCACGAGAAGAAAGCAGAAGGGGAGUCCAUAGUACACCAUCACAACCAGAAAGAUCAUCAGGACCGGGAUGAACAAGAUGAACAAGAGAACGAACAUGAGUCCACCUCUAGGAUGAAACCCUAUACACUAUCACCUAGAAGUGUGAAGCAGAUUUUGUCCGAUAAUGAGCGGCAAGCAAAAAGUCGCACGCCUCUGAAACUUCGUGCUUUGCGCGCAGUAAGAGCGUUGAUGCAAGUUGCGGUGCCGCAAAUUUCUUCGAGUCCUUUUCUGCCUCCUACUUCUUUGCCUGCUGGUCAAACAACGGCGACUGCAGCCGCUGCGAGGACAUUCGAGUCUUCUAUUAAGGUUCGAAUUUGUAACUCAUCUCCACAGACUAGCUGGUGGGUCGGUUUCCCUCUUAGAUUCUGAGAAUAUUAAGGAAAGCUAGCCGGUUAGUUUCCCUCGUUUUUCUCCCUUCAAGACUGAGGUAAGAAAUAAUGAAUCAUUGCGAGCUCUAAUAAAUCUUCCACUACGCCUUCGAAUAUGGUGCUUCUGCAACGCAUGUUAGAAGAUGGAGUCGAAAAGGCUCCACCCACAACAAGCUCGCCUCCCCGAGAACGAUCCUCAGGAGCAUCACUGCGAAAGGCCAGCGAAGACAGCGCUGGAACCUCUUCUGCAUGGGGGUCGCCUACGUUAUCUGCCUCUCCAACGAAGACGGUGUUGGAGUCUCCUACGCUGUCUGCCUCUCCUAUUAAGGGUUGAAGCAUUUCUAUUUCAUUUUUUCAAGUCUUCUUUACUUGAGCGCGCAGCGGAUAAGGGGGAAGGAAGGCACUGGAUGAUGCCAUUGAUCAAGAAGAAAUGAAAGGUUCCAACCACCUCUAAUCCUCGAAGCCUGCCUGAAGCAGACUUUGUGCUAGAGCCACAGUUUGUUGUGACGGAUGUAAGACCUUUCGGAAGCUUCGCAAAUGGCGUCGAUACUGGCGAAUCCGACGUAGAUGUCUCUGUCAUGGUCAGAGCUAACUUAUGAGCGAUGGCGCACUAUGAAGUGUAUUAACACUUUCGCUUUGUUUUGAUAUUUUACAUCGAGUAGAUCAUGAUGAUAAUGAUGGUGAUGGUGAUAGAUUGAUGUCGCCACCUUUGUGCUUGCAAGGUGUGCAUGAAUGUUGUGCAGCUGCAAUCUCUUUUCAAGAAGAAUCAAUAGGUCUCAUCCCAAUAAUAUCCACCUCGCUAAAAGUUGCAGAGACCAACAGCAAUUCUACCGCAUCAUGUGGGAGAAAGCGGCUCAACGUCACCACCUACCAAGAGGGUUGGAAGGAGUCGGCGAGCAGUUGUCCGGUAGAAGUAGAUACUCGACAUUUGCUACCCAGCGUGGCUGCCGCGCUCUUUGGCUACGUUCACUACUCUGCUUCUUACUCUGGUGGGAACGAUGACCGCAUUAAGGCUUUCCUAGUCUUCAACAGAGAGCACUUUUUUGACAAGAAACAAUACUUGACAAGGACAGAACUUGCUUAUCUGGAACUUUACAUCAAAGUGACAUACCACAUCAACGUUAUUUUGAUCAUGAUAGGUAAGUAUAUUUAAUAUACAGACAUAUUUAUUAUUUUUCUAAUUUCCUAUUCCUGUCAAUAUAUCUAUAUUCUUCUAAUUUCCUGUCAAGAAUGACGAUUUCCGCGUCUUCCGGUAGCGUGCUUUCGGGUGAGAGAGGUGACGCAGGUGGUCACGAGCAUUUUCAACCGUGGUUUACCUGGGCCCGGUUUCCCGGAGUCGAGGGUGAGUGGCGGAUGCGUCGUGGAUGCGAGGGUGGUGUGUUAAGGCUCGUGCGUUAGAUUCUGAUAUUCGCGUCGGCGUGUCGUUAGCUUAGAAGACAUGAAGAGGGUGCAUCUUUGAGGUGCUUUCAAGUUCAAGGGGAACAUGAUUAGCUUAGAGAUGCGCUCCAAGAUGAAUGUCGGUAAGGUCUAAGUGUAGGAGCAAGAGUUCCCGUUUUGUCUCUGGAGUGGCGACCAAUUCAAACUAGUGCCACUGCUAGUGGUCGUGGUGGUGGUGCAUCUUCUCUAGAUCAUUCUACGGUCUCCUCGAUGGGUUGCAGCAUUCUCGACGCUGCCUGUCGGAAUUUUUCUUCGUCACAGGAGGAAGGUCUAGGGGAAGACGAGUUGCAUGGAGGUGGUCCAGUUCUAUUGGAUGUGACUGUAAACAAUCAGAAUGCACUUCGGAAUACUGACGUAAUUCGACUUUUCACGGAUCGGAGCACGUUUGUCAAGGAGUUCUUUCUUCUGGUCAAGAUCAUGCUGAAGAUUAAGUCUCAAAAUAAUUCAUUCACUCCAAGCGUCAUUUAUUCGUUUUCUUUCCUUCUUGGGAUAUUGAGAAAUGAGCGAAAGAAAUGACUUACUUUGAGCUCUAAGAAUGGAGCGGGAGUCGUUGGAGCAAGGCAGGGGUGGCUAAGCAGUUACGGCUGGGCACUUGUCACUUUGCACUUUUUGCAAAUGUUGGGGGUGUCGCCAGUUUUGCCUCCGGAAUCCGCGACGAGUGACGCCAAAACGUCAGACGAGUACGAUGCUUCAACGGCUACAGCAGUUCUUGGUCACGUAGAAGAACCCUUUGCACCUCAUUGGACCUUUGCGUCUGUACGUGAGGAACUACCGGAGCUUGCUCGCGUUGCUACGGGUACAGAGCAGAGGCAGGAGACGAGAGAUCCAACAACUUCACUGGGAUCGCGAAAUCGACAUCGACUACUUGGGAGGCUAUUCGCCUACUUUGUGGAUUAUUUAAUCCAUAACUGGAAUGCGUUUUCAGCUCCGGGAGGGCACGUUAUCACGGUUCGCGCAGCGGAUGAGGGGGAAGGAAGGUACUUGAUGAUGGGUCAAAGCAAUGAAACGCCGGCGCAUCCUGGGCACAGAUGGAUCCGAGCUCUCGAAAGUUUUGGGGCCCUAGCGCCGACCGUAGCAGCCCGCCCCUUAACUGGCAGCGCUUUCCGCUGCCUUUCCGGCAGGUACGCCGGGGGCAUAGGUCGCGCCGCUUUAUCGCGUCAGUCGCUAGGGCUUAGCAGCUGGCCCCGCGCGCUCCCUUAGCGAUGUGCCUGAAAGUACGGCCCCGUCCACUCUCAAAAAAGGUGCCGGGCUUGUGAAAGUCAAGCGCAGCGCGCGGGCGAUUCUCUUGCUGAGUGGGCGGCCACUGCGUCGCCUGCUUGGGAUUGGGCUUCGUCGGCUGCUGAAGGCCGCUCAGUGGCGUACUGAUUAGCUGGCCCCUAUCUAAUGCAGUGGCAGCGGGCAGGCCAAGCAUGCAAGCGCUGCCAUUCGGGGGAGCCGGCGGCCCAGGUCUUUGGCUUCUUUGCACCAUCAAAGGCAGGCUUAGCUAGUAGCGACGCCGCCAGCGGGGCACGCUCUCGCAAGGGUGGCGGCUUGCCUUGUUUGUGUUGGGUGUAGCUAAGUCACUGUUUGAUACCUAGCUAUCACAGAGAGAGAGAACACGCAAAGGGGCGCUUUGCUAAGCAGUUUUGAAAUGAGCGAACCUCCCAACAAAUCCUCAAUCUUAACCAAAACAUCCAUCGUACAGUUUGGCGGGAUUGCCACUCCUUGCGAGAGAGCGCCAUGUGUGGACAGGAGCAGCGACCGGAAGUGAUGCCCCAUGCCUCACAGCUUGGCCCCACCGUUUGGGGAAUUUGGUUUUGUUAUGGCUUCGUUUGUAACAUUUUGUUUUUUUUUUUUUACUGUGCAGACCAAGGAGUCACAACUAGAUUGAUGUUCAACUUCGACUUUAAGGACUAGGGGUUCAUUAUCCUCCUAGAAUAAUCCACUACUCCUGUAGUAGACCAUAUUAAAUAAUUGGUUGUGCCUUAAAUUCUGUGUACUGUGCAGUUUGCAAUGGUUUCACACGAUGAUCUCUAUUAGAUUUAUUUGUCGAGAUCCAACGAUGGGCCUCAUUCAUCGAGAUCCAACGGUGGGUCCUCUAAUUUCUCGAGAUCCGACGAUGGGUGGUAAACAAUGGCUAGCUAUCCGUAACAAAGGUGAGCAUGGUCAUACGUUGGAGGAGUUCGCUCAAAAAGUACAACAUUAAGCUCAUUAAAGGUGUUUCUGUUACCGUCUGUAAUGUCUCUCCUAACCAGGGGGACAGGCAUAACAAACGGGAUACAGAAACACCAAAACCCUGCCUCGAACAAAACGCUUUCGCGGAACUUGCGCUUUUGUAGGGCCAUGGAGCAAGUCUUUGGGGUCUUUCAUGAGAAUGAGUAGGAGGAUCCUCCGCAUCGAAUAUCAAGUAGCACGAUGAAUAGAAAGCCCCUCGAGAUGAAUAUGAGGUGAUGAUUUGUUUUUACGAAGACAACUAAGCCUUAUGUUCUAUUUCCAGUGCAUAAAAUACAGAUAGUUUGUUCUUUGGGACACAUUUGAUGACUCUUGUAACUAGACGAUGAAUUCGAGUUUGCAAUCCCAUGUGCAUCGAUCAGAUUCAAGUUCAGGACAUAAAAAAGACGCAGUAGAUGUAGGAAGUUGCACUUGUAACUAAAGAAUAUGGAGACAGAUCUACUUCAUAAUUGAGCGUCAGAAAUACGGAGUUGGCGCUGAAUACUGUAAUACUGCGAAAGAAAUUUUGAAGGAGAUUGAUUAUCUCUGUCAAAUGGAGGACUCUUUACAUGACGAUCUUGUAUUACAUUCAUGAAAUAAAGAACUUUACAAGUUGGACAUGAUUUAACACAGGAACAGAAUGAAGAGAAAUUUAUUGCAAGGAAGUGCACUCAUGUACUCUGAAGGAAGUUUCUUGUACUCUGAAGGCCUACAUGAUUAUUGAUUUUCAAUUUUGUUGUAGACUGAUAAAUGAUGACUCCUUGCAGCUUAUGAGGUAUAAGUACGUAGUCGUGUCUUUUUUGUUCUUUCGUGGUUGACCACUGAGAUUAUAGCUUCUUUUGCUUACAAUGAAAAACAUGUCUUCUUUCUAUUCAACUCUGUGCAGAAGAAAGAUAUUACUACUUAAUAUAGUGGCCACGAGUGGCCAUAUUAUCAGGGGCACUCACAUGACGUCAAUGGAGAAUUAUCAUUGUGAGGAGCCAUGUUUGAGAAUACAGAAGAAGUAUGAACUAAAAAUCCAUUUCUGCAGAUACAUUUUUGACGUUAAAGUUUACGGUGAACAACAAACAGAAACAUAAACAGGAAUCAGCAAGGCUAAUGAAUGCCUUGAUAAGUUAUGAAGUAUCGCG